AUGCCCUUAUUAAAUUCUUUUGUCGACUCUAUUGUUUGUGUUGGCUUUACUUCGGAGCGUGGUCUUAAACUUGAUCCAGAAUCUAAAGACAAUGGAUCUCUUUUUAAAUCUUCUUUACAAUCAUCCGUAUUGGCUAUUGUUACGGCUGAUCGUGCUAUAUAUCCACAAGCACGUGGUAGUGAAUUUAUUGAUUCAUGUUAUCCACCAAUAUGUUAUACAAGAUCACAUUCAUUUACAGCAUCAUCUAUUAGUUCAGGUCGUUCAACGCCUCUUUCUUCUUUAGCUAAUGGUGUAAGAACUCAAAAACAACAUAUUAUACCAGCUGUAUAUAAUAAUUUACCACUAUUCUGUUUUUCUGAUGGUGUCCGAAUAACAUACGAACGAGAAGAUGAAAGCAUUCAUCAUAUUGUAUUUACACAAGAAGAAGGCAAACGAAUUUAUGCUCUGGCACUUACAUUUCAACAAUCAUUUUGUCUUAAAACAGAUAAACCUGAUGAUGAGGGUACAUAUCAAAUUGAAGAUGUUAAAUUAUCAACAUCAAAUACAAGACAUUCAAGUUUAUCAAAAAUUCCAGUACCUAUUGAGAGACAAAAACAAGCUUCAUCACCAACAACAGUUAAAACACGUUCAAAACAAAUUCCUUCAUCAUUUAAUUAUUCUAAUCCAAAUUCUACUAGUCAACCACGAUCAUCAUCUAAUUCUAAUAAUUCGACAAAACAACCUCGUUAUGUAUCACACACUAUUAGUAGUUAUAUGAAAAAUUUAUCAUCCACAGUUGCACCUCCACCGACUCGUAUGAUACGUACAAAUAGUCAAAAUAGUUUAUCAUCCUUAAAUGAAACUUCAAGUAGUCUUAGUAGUACUACUACUGAAGUACGAAGACGUUCUACUUCGAAUACAUCUCGAACAUUAUCAACGAAUAUAACAUCACCUGAUACAACAAAACCAUUCUAUUUACCACAUUGUAUUGUUCUUGUUUCUAAUCAACCAUAUUGGACUGCUAUGCAAGAAACAAUUUCAAUUAUUCAUGAUGAAAUAAUUCGUUCAAAAAUUGAACCAAGUGCAAAUACAUAUAAACAAUUAAUACAAAAAUAUGCUUUUCUUGCUUGUAAUACACCAAUACCACCAAUACCAUGGGAACGUUUUUCAUUAUCAUUUAAUUUAACAUAUGAUCAAUCUGUAUUAACAUUUGAUUCACCAAUAGAUACAAAUCAUCCAGUACUCGAUUUAGAUUUAUCAAUUCUUCUUUUAACACUUAAUAUUGGCAAAUUACUUGAUGUAUUAGCAGCAAUAUUUACACAACAACCAAUUAUUUUUUUUAGUUCAAAUUAUUCAAUAUUAGUUACAACACUUGAAUGUCUUCUCUAUUUAAUUUAUCCAUUAAAAUGGGCUCAUGUUUAUGUACCAUUUGUACCUGAUGGUUUAUGUGAUUUGUAUCUUGAAGAUCCACCUGGUUCAUAUAUCAUGGGUGCACAUUCACGACAUCAAACAAUUGUUGAAGAUCUUGAUAUAAGUUUUACAUGUAAUUUAGAUAAUGAUAGAAAUAUUUAUGUACCAAAAAAAAUGGAAUUUUAUCAUUUACCACCAAGUAAACUUCAACGUUUUGUUGGUCGAAUAACAGAAUUUGUUGAAAAUAUUAAAGUUUCACGUUCAUUACAAAAUGUUCAUACACCAAUUCGUUUACGUAUUGAUCAACAACGUGAAUAUGAACGUCAACAACGUACUGAAACAAAUCAUAAAAUAAUAAAAAUCUUUCUUGAUUUAAUGGUUGAUUUAUAUGGUGAUACAUUAAAACCAAUUUAUUGGAAAGUAAAUUCUCAACAAUUAAGUCCAACAAAUACAUUAACAAGAACAUCAAGUAUUGGUAGCAAAAAUUCUAAUCAAAAUCAAACUAAAACAACAUUUAGUAAAGAAAAAUAUUUACUUUCGAAAACUAAAGGUUUUGAAUUAGAAUUUUAUCGAGCAUUUAUUGAAAGUACAGCAUUUCAACAUCUUAUAGAAGAAGAAAUGACAUCAACAUCACCAACUGUAUUUAAACAAAUAUGUGAAUUACAUUCAUUAUCAAAUGAAAAACAACUUUAUCAUGUUAAUAAUAUAUCAUCAGAAGAAAAUGAACAUAAUCAAAUUGAAUCAACAACUACAUUAUAUGAUUUAUAUUCUUCUCAAAUGUUAUUACCAUUACCAUAUUGGCCUUUAAAUACAUCAACACAUUAUUUAGAUAGUUGUAUCGAAUUAUUUACUAGUGAAUUAGAAAAUGCACAAAAAGAACGUUCACCAGUUGUCAUAACCGUUUAUGCUUAUCUACGUGGUUGUGCAUUGUUAGCUCGUGGUCAAUAUCUUGAUGGUCUUCGUGAUCUUUAUUUAAUUGAAAAUCCAAAUCUAUUUCCAUAUGAUUAUAUUGACCGAAUCAUUCUACCUCGUCUUUCUGAGGAAUGUUUACUUGAAUUAUUUCUUAACGAACCAUAUUAUACAAAAUCUCCUGAAUGGAAAAAAGUUAAUAUACAUUCAAUAUCUCAGAAUAUGACAAUAAUUGAUCUUGAAAAAAGUGGAAAUUCAUUAGAUGAUGCAACUCCUGUUCAAUCAGCAACUGAAGUUGAUCUUAAUAAUGAAUGGGAUCAUUCAGAAAAUGCUCUUACAUUAGAACAAUUUAGUGAACUUGUACAUCGUUUAAGUAUUGUACUUGAUAAAGAGACAACAGAAAAAUUAUUCAAUGCUUUGUUAUAUUGGACAGAUAAUUCAAUAGCAAAAACAUUAAAAAAAGAUAAAACAUUGACAAAUAAAUCUUCUGAAACAAUGAAACCAUUAGCUAGAAGUUGGUCAAUAACAACAAAUACUUUAAAAGAUACAUUCAGUAUGCUUAAUGAUUAUCGACGUGGAAAUCAAAAUGCAACACUUUCAUCUAAGUCAUCAAUAGAAUCUAAUCCAGGUUUACCUGCAACAUUAUUUGAAUCAUUUCUCGAUAUUUGGCAACAAACAAAUGCUGAAAAAGUUCGAAUGAAUCGUUAUUUACCCGGAGAUCGACAAAACAAAGAAUCAAUUUUAAAAGUAAAAUUUUUGAAAAUCUUUAUAUUACAUAUAAACCAACAAAAAAUCUCAUUUUUAGAUUUCAUCGUCG